AGUGAGACCACAAUCCCGACUCAUACAACGAAAAGUGAGCCAGACCGCCAGUUUAGAAGCAGACAUCCAAAGAGUUAUUAGUCAGAUGCAUUACUUGUCUGAUGAAGAAGCAAACACGCGUAGCUCGGACACUUCCUCCAUGGAUUUGAAUUCAUAUUCUGGCGUCUUGACUGAUGUCUACUCUGUCUUUCAACCGCUGUUAAGAGAGGGCUUCGUUGAUGACUUUCCCAAAACUUUAGUUUGCAUUUUAUCUGAGGGACAAGAUUGUGGAGCAAAAGCAGAGCUCACAAAGACAGUUUCUCUGGAGUUAGGCAAACCGCUGGUGACCUUCUUAUCUCUGAGAUCCCAGACAUGUUCGCCCUUGAGUGAUGCACCAGAUGCAGAUCAUAAGAUGGUGAACGCCUCUCUCUGGGUGGGAGAAUCAGCAGCCACAACAUUGACAAGCAUUCAGCAGACAUUUUUUACCAUCUUAAAAAGCUCUCCACUAUCUGGGACUUUGAUGAGUGCAGUGAGUGGCGUGGUGGAUGCCGCUGUUGCGUACAUGUCCAACAUCAUGGCAACAUUAAUCCAAGUACCAAUGGACUAUGUGAAAAUAGCAUUGCAGUUUGGAAUAGCAAUUCCAUCUCCAAAGGAAAGGGAGAGCUGCGAACAAGGAAAUCUCCAGCAACUCAUAAUGUGGGGACUGAACCACAACGUGAGCUGGUCCUUCACCGACUCGUUUAUCGACAUCCUUCUGGAGACGCUCCUGCCUCUAGAACAUUCUGCGUGCACAUAUCCAGGUUCAGAAUGCCCGAAUCCUGCCACCGGCAAAUCCAGUCUCCCAGAGGCACACGCUGACAAUAGCCGCAACAUACUGCUUCGAUGUGAUCGCCAAAAUCUGUCCGACAUCAAUGAUACACUUUGUGGUGAAAUUCUCCAUGGACCGAGAGCACGAACGCCCACAUCGGUGCUCGCCUUGUGUCAGGCGCUCAACUCGCUCAGUGUCCGGCAGGUCGAACUGGUGUGGAGCAAUACGUGCUAUGUUAUUCAGGCGCUAGUGUCAUCGCUCCUUGGCAGCUCAUCGGAGUGCGAUGUUGGAGACACGUCGAACUUUCGGGUGAACAGCCCACACGUUUCCCUCGCACCCCCCCGAAAAGCCAGAGAAGCUCCCAACCUCCAACAUCUUGUCUGUAACUACAGCAGCUGGUUAGAAAACCAGGUGGUGGAUGCCGCCCUGGUCUCUCUGUGCAGCGACAACGAACGGGAGGAGUUUGUGAAGCACGUGUGCAAUAAUACUUUACUGAUGAAGAAGUUGCUCUCAGACCGGAUGAACAGUUGGUUGUAUGGCUUCUGUGCAAAUUCCACAGCGGAACGCGGCUACCUGGUGGAUCAGUUCUGCGUCUACCACCAGUGGAUUGAUCAACCUCCAGUUGUGGUAGAUCCACACCUGCUGGAGUUCUGCGUUAGCCUGGAUAGUCCAAGACUUACAAAACUCAUCUGCGAGCAUACUGGCUUCUUCACGUUAUUAUCCUCCAACCCAGAAAAUGUGAGGUUCAUGCCGAACUGCACAAUGUUGCCAUUUCCAUCACCAUUUCCUAGCUCAGAUUCACCGUUGUCACCAUCCUGUCACUACUCCGAGUGGGAAGAUGUGAUGCAACUGACGUCAGAUGUCUUGUCACAGUGCAUACGCAAUGAUCCCGCAGAUUUCGCUGAGAAGGUUUGCGCUAACGGAACCCUUCUAAAUAGCUUAUUACAUAAUCAGGACAAUGCCUGGCUUGAGGAUCACUGCAGUGUUGCUUUGAUUUUCCCGCCCACUGCGGCCCCGCAACCUUUUCGAAUUUUGGACUGGUGCGACUACCACUCGUGGAAGAAUCGGCAGGUGGACGAUUCAGUGGUCGGACUGUGUUGGCAGCAUGACCAGCUUGCUUUUCAGAAGAAUGUCUGCUGGGAGGCGACUUUGUUUGAAAAGCUCUUAGAGAAUCCCCAGAACAAAUGGCUGAAAACAGUGUGCGCAGACAAGGAAACUGAGGAAAUCGAGGAUAUACCUCAGGUGUGCAUGUAUUCCGAAUGGACUCUCCCCAUCUUUGUUGACAUGACUGAAUUGGCUCUCUGCGCUAAUACGGACUCCAAAAACUUCACCUCCAAAGUCUGCGCCAAUGAGACACUCCUGCAGAACCUGAUGGCAAACCAAAACAACACCUGGUUGAUGAAGUAUUGUGCCAACCAUUCAAGUUUGGGUGUAGACGGAGGGGAAGACGAUGAUGGCUCAGGAUUCGACCCUGACGAGCAGUGCCAGUAUUCCACCUGGAAUAUAUCCCUUCCGGAAGCAGCUCUCUUGACUCUUUGCUGGGAGCAUGAUCAAUUCAACUUUGUGUCAUCCAUUUGUGCCAGUCCUGCCCUUCUCGACUCGUUGGCACAUGAGCCCAUUAGCCUAUGGGUGAGCACCAUAUGUGCCACCAACACCACUCAUAACACAACCUCGGAGGACUUUUGCUUGGCCAAACAAUUAGUGAUGCACUUCAACUGGACCUGUCCUAUUGACUUCAGCGCAGCCUGCAGGCCUGGGGCAAGCCAGAACAUGCUCAUGCGAUUGAUUAUACGCUGCUGGGCAGACGGUCUGAGGUCCCGAGUGGCUCAUCUGGUGACGCCAUCCGUAGCUGCGGUGUUGAACCAAGCAGUCAGCACUUCUGUUGUCAUCUUGCUAGCAAUAGAGGAGGUCCAGAACAUUUUACUGCAUGUCACCAAGAACAUACGCAAUAGUGUCCUCGACGCUGUCGUUCGUUAUCUCGAAGGGGAGAACAACUUUGACAAAAAGAGGGUCUUGCUGCAGUGUUUUGGGACAGUCCUGACCAGCUUGAUGCAGACAGCCCAGGUUGGAACCAGUAAUGACAAUCUCAUCGUUAAGGAAUACUUCAGCAUACCAUCGGCCAGCUUGAAGUCAGUGCUUCGUGCUGCGCACGUCACAACUCUCAGGCUGAUCCUCCAAUACUACACAAGAAAUAAGGACACACUGAAGCUGACAGAGAACUACCUGUCCACCCUGACAUCCGUGCUGUUCAGCAGCCAUCUGGCAAAAGAUGGAAGUCUGUUUUCCGAGUUGGCUCCCCUUUUCAAAGCGGCCCGUCCGACUGACAUCCACACUUUGCCUUCUCUGCAAAACAAUCAUGAUGUGAGAGAAACCAUAAACAGCAACUUGGGCCAAUUGACUGCAGAUCAGCAGCGAGCCUUUGGAUUGUGGUACAGUAAAAUUUUGCCCCCCUCCAAUAUCACUGAAGCUCACCAGUCACUCAUCAGGGACACUGGAAACGUGAUAACUUACCUGCCCUUCCACAACUUCCAACACCUCUCACCUGCUCAGCUAUUAGAUGGGCUGGAUGUAUUGCAAAGGAACAGACUGACUUCCUUGAAGCAGGAAUUUGUCGCACGGCGCAUCAUCGGCACCUACAGAAACUUGACUGCCGAUGACUUCAUCAGGAUGGGCAGUCUCUCCUGCCAAGCAGAGCCAAGUGACCUCCUGGCAUACAAAUGCAGUGAGGCCUUCAGUGUAAUCUGGGAUGUCAUCCUGAACUGCACUCACGACGGACUAACCCUACCAAGUCACUUGACCUCCAGUCUGUUCCUGAACAGCACUGAGUUAAGAAUCCCAUCUUCACUCAGUCCCGAGAGACUGGCAGACAUUGCACAACUUCUGCCCUCCCUGGGUGCGAUUUUCUUGCUAGGCCUCUCUCCCUCGCAGCUACUUGCAGCACUUCCUGCCCUCAGAGCGGUGUCGUUCAGUCCUGCACAGGCCUCCAUCAUUGUUGAUAAGCUCUCAUCUGUCAAUGCACUUAGCGCUCCAGGUCGCCUCCAGGAGCUGGGCUCUAUCACUGUAGGAGUAAAGACAGAGACAUUAUUGAUGCUGACAUCUGACAGGCUGCUGUCAUCGCUUCCUGGCCUCGCGCAACACUCAGCAGGUCUCCGUCCAACACAAGCAAAUGCCGUCGCCACAAAACUAUGGGGCUUUCCAGAGGUGAUCUUCUGGUUGGACGAUGUCGAGCCACUACUUUGUUGCACUCCCCUUCUUAGCGUACUGCCCAGAGCUCGUCUACUAAUGGACAACAGCUCCAGUGUAUCCUCUAAAGCGUGGAACACACAGCAGGCUAUAGCAAUACUAAAAACGGAGCGGAAUACAAGAUCAAGCCUGAUCAAAGACUUCCUGAGUCUUGGGAUGCUGGUACAGGGCAUGAGCUGCCAGGCCUUACAGCAGCAUUUCAGGGCCGAUACCUCACCCGCAGCGCUUAGGAAAAUCUUGGCCCUCCUCAGGGAGCAGCCCGGUCCUUUGCACACGUCACUGAAAAAAUGCGUGAUCGAGGAGCUCUAUCAGUUUCAGUUCUUCUCUGAACUGGUUGAAGACUUAGGAGUGGAGCUCGCCCUGUCUAUGCCGGUGAGCACCAUUAAAAAGUUUCCUUCAGAUGUGAUGGACACUUUGCGGAAAAUGAUUAUUCAGGACCCCGUUCCAUUUUUCAUGAUGUCAAAAACAGAACAGCUGCUUCUUGUGGACAAGAUGGUGCAAAGGCUGGGAAUGUACACUGGUGUAUACACCGAGGAAGCCUUCCGCUCUCUGGACAUCAUGGCCACAUUUGUUUCAGAUGAGAUUCUGAUCCAGCUGGAUCGCGCAUUCUUUUUGAACAAUCUGGAUUUUCUUCAGACCUUGUGCUACAGCAGCAGCAAGAUGGACAUUGUGGCUCGUAUGCUGCUGGAAGUUGCUGCAUUCGGCUCUGCGGUGGAGAACUGGAACCAGACGACACUCAGUCAGAUUGAUCGGUUUCUAUUUUUCCUUCCUCAGGACCAACUGCAGAAGAUUUCUUUGGGUUUGAUGACUGUUGGCCGUAUCGAGAAGUUGUUCCUGAGCCAGCGCCGGUGGGAACGCCGGGUUGUGGCUCUUCACUGUUUAGAUGAGAGUGAGAAGAGGCGCUUUGCUGAAAAGCAGCAGUUUGUUCUGCAGUUCUUUUUCGGUUUCCUCAAGAUAAAUCCUCAGUCGCCGGCUCCGAUGGUUCCCACAUGUGAGAUUCUGCAGACAACAUCUCCAUUUGCUUGGACCACUAACAGCCUGACGAGCAUGUCGCCAGCAGCCUUCACAAACUGCCUGGAGCUGAUUGGCCACGAUCCCCAUCUUGCAUCUUACCAACGUAAACAAGUCUUCGGAAAAGUCAAACAAAUGUUCGGCCCAGUCUCGUCCUUCUCCCAGUCCAUCAUCAGUCAGAUGGGCCGACUGACCCUGGAAAUGACACCAGAGGAGAUCGGUAUGCUCCGACUGACUGAAAGGAGCAGCAUUGCUUCUUUGGGCGCCAUCAAUGAGUGGAGCAGCAAGCAGCUGGUUGCACUAUUUACAACAACAUUGAACUCCACCAAGCUGAACCCGAGCCAACUUGACUCCAGCAUUCUGGUAGCCAUUGGAUACAUGGUGUGCGGAGCUAAAGCAACAGAAAUGAGCUCCUUCAAUGCUGUUGAGUUCAGCAAGGCGGUGCUCUGGUUGGGUCAGCUCAAGCUCUCCUGCUCAGAAGAACAGUUGUCAGCGCUGGCGGGCCUGUUGACCCACAGUUUGGCUUUUGGACCCAUCAGUUCAUGGGGGAUGGAAGUCUUCAUUGAGAUAGGAAGUCUGGCAGCUGGUCUCCCAGAUAUGGCCAUGUCAGCGUUGGUAAAAGAGCAAAUAGAAGGAAUAACACCGAUGGCGAUCUCAAUGAUCCCCCAUGACAAGUUCGCUGUUGUGUUCCAUCAGCGGCAGAUUAGCAUGUUUUCUCAUGAGCAGGCUGCUGCAGUAACAGAGCAGCAAAUCGCAGCUCUGUCAGAUGUUCAGAGGACUGCUCUCUUUAUGGUGCUGACGCCCUGGGAGGACAGGCAUGUGGAUUUUAGAGGGAGGUCACAGGGACUGACGGUGAGCCCCAACUCUCUGUACCUGAUCCUUGGCUUGCUGAUGGCGCUGACAGAUAGGCCAGCCUGAGCUGACAUAUCCUGCUUGAUGACACAGCUAUCCCAUGUCAGGAUCAGGAGGCACCGACUCGCCCACACAACCAAAGAAUUUAUCUGUGCAAUACUGUACUGCUUUGAAAAAAUCACGUCUGCAUAUUUAAUUAAUGUCCUCUCCAUCCAUUUAUCUACGUUUCUUUGCCACUUAUCUUUAUCAAGGUCCCCAAGUGAGCUGGAGCCUACCCUGGACUUGACACCUGCCAAUAACAGGGUAGACAUUGACAACCAUUUGCACUCACCCCUCAGGACAAUUUAGAGGACUGAAUAUAAUUAACCAAACUUUAAUUCAAGUAUUUGAUUAAAUUAUUUAUUUAAGACAUUCAACACUGACAAUAUGUCCAGAAUUUCAGAUGGAACAGGCUCCAGCAGUAUUAAACUGAACAAUCACUACAUUAAACAGAGGUAUUUAUGUAUAUAUACAGUAUAUAUAUAUAUAUAUAUAUAUAUAUAUAUAUAUAUACACUUUAUGUAGGAUGCUAGUCAUUCAAAACAUUACUAUAUGUACCUUUAAUUUUUUUAAAUCAUAUCAACGUCUGACUGAACACGUUUUUGUUCUAAGUCCAUCAACAUGAUUGUGUUUAUUACAGGUAUUUUGGAAACUCAGUACAUGUACGUGCAUUCACGGACAAAUCAUCAGUACUAUAAGUUGUGUGUUUCUGACAUCUCAGAGAUUUGCAUUGUUUAAAAGUAUCAUUUAAUUUUUGAUUUUGAUUUUUUGGUCACAUCUACCUGAGUGUGUCUUGUUACACAUCCAAAGUAAUGUUAGAUUUAAAUAGUGCUACUUUCUUCAAUUUAAAUCAUUUCGGUUUUAAGCCAUGUAGUCAUUUGCAGAUGUAUUUAUUAAUUCAUUAUCAUUGUAUAAACUAUUCAGAUUUUCUUUCAGAUAACUAAUAAGUUAUCUCAUCUUACAUUAGUACUGUGUCUACUCAAGCAUACACCACUGUUAAAAAGAGACUAAAAUAUGUAUUGAUUUUAUGCAUAACUGGUUUUUAUUUUAUUUUUUUUUGUGAAGUGUAUGUACACCAUGUUAAAAGCAAUAUCUUUAUUGCUAUAUUGUGGCGACCGUGAUUGAAAUGGGGGGGAGGGGGGGGGGGGGGAAAUGAAUACCGGUACAUUGUGUUUUAUUUUUGGUGAGAGUUUAGUCACAUAAGCUUAACACCAAUGCUGAAUUUCGGAACGUUGUUGCAACUGUUUGCAAUUAAAAGAAGUGUGAUGGGUGCAAAUGCCACUUGGUUCACAAGGGAUGAGCAAAAUUGUCCAAAUCAUUAUACUGUACAGCAUAAUACAACAGUUGCACACCUCCCAUUCGGCAAGCCUCCUCGCUGCCCAUCUUUAAAGCCCUCCUCAAAACUCACUUGUAUUCUUUGGCAUUCGACUCAGCAUGACUUAGAUUUGUUCUUGAUUUUACUGUUUGGUGCUUUCUACUGCCUUUAUUACCGAUUUGUCUUACUGUUUAUUGUGCAUGUUAAAUUGGUCCAUGUACAGCACUUUGUAUGCAGCGAUGGCUGUUUGAAAGUGCUCUAUUAAUACUGUUGACUUGACUUGACUCUUUGAUUGUACAAGCCAUGCCUGUGUUAUGGCUGUACUUUGUUUUAAAUUAAUCAUUGAAUGAAUGAAUUAAAAACAGUUAUUCCA